AUGCACGGCCAGGUUGUCGACUACGAGGACCUCGCCAACACCGAGUCUGUCCAGUUCCUGAACAAGCUUGCCGUCCUCAAGCUCAACGGCGGUCUCGGUACCUCGAUGGGCUGCGUCGGACCCAAGUCGGUCAUCGAGGUCCGCGACGGCAUGUCGUUCCUCGACCUGUCGGUCAGGCAGAUUGAGUACCUGAACCGCACGUACAGCGUCAACGUGCCCUUCAUCCUGAUGAAUUCGUUCAACACCAACGAUGACACGGCAGCCAUCAUUAAGAAGUACGAGGGCCACAACGUGGACAUCCUGACCUUUAACCAGUCCCGCUACCCCCGCAUCUACAAGGACUCGCUCCUGCCGGUCCCCAAGACGUACGACUCGGCCAUCAACGAGUGGUACCCGCCCGGCCACGGUGACGUGUUCGAGUCGCUGUACAACUCGGGCAUCCUGGACCAGCUGAUCGAGCGCGGCAUCGAGGUCGUCUUCCUGUCCAACGUCGACAACCUGGGCGCCGUCGUGGACCUGCGCGUCCUGCAGCACAUGGUCGAGACCAAGUCGGAGUACAUCAUGGAGCUGACCAACAAGACCAAGGCCGACGUCAAGGGCGGCACCAUCAUCGACUACGAGGGGUCGGUGCGCCUGCUGGAGAUUGCGCAGGUGCCCAAGGAGCACGUCAACGAGUUCAAGUCGAUCAAGAAGUUCAAGUACUUCAACACCAACAACAUCUGGCUCAACCUCAAGGCCAUCAAGCGCGUUGUGGAGGACGACGAGCUGGAGAUGGAGAUCAUACCCAACAGCAAGACGAUCCCGGGCGACAAGAAGGGCGAAACGCCCACGGCGUCAACGUCCCCCGCCGCCGCUUCCUGCCGGUCAAGACGUGCUCGGACCUGA